CAGAUAUUUAACAAACUUUAAACCACAGAUGAAACCAUGAACUUCAGACUGACUGCUGCCUUUUACAUCCUCAUCAUCACUAAAUAUGUGGUGGGAUCGACUCAUCCAUGUUCAAUUGUCCUUCACCUGCAAAAGAAAGAAAACGAGUGUAAACUGAAGAUUAAGACCAACGCUGCAGCGUCACUGCAGAGGAGCAGAAACACAACAUCAGGUUGUGUGACGGAGUGGGACGGAGUGAGCUGUUGGCCGGCUGCCUCUGAGGGAGAGAUCGUCUCCGUCCUCUGUCCUCUGCCGCUGCUGAAGCCCGAAUCUCCUCCAGUUCUCAUCACGAGGAGCUGCUCGGUCCGAGGAUGGAGCAAACCCAGCGUGCCGUAUUACGAAGCCUGUUACUACGAAGCUUCUGAGGAGGACGAAGACAUGGAGGAAGAGGAGAGGAACUACUUUGAUACCCUGAAGCUGAUGUACAGUGUCGGAUACGGAGUUUCUCUGGCUGCUCUCCUCGUCGCUGCUCUGGUCUUCUGCUGCUUCAGGAAGCUGCUCUGCACACGCAACUACAUCCACCUCAACCUGUUCGUGACCUUCAUGCUCAGAAGUCUUGCUGUGUUCAUCAAAGAUUCAGUGUUGUUUGCAGACAAAAGCAUGGACCACUGCACCGUGUCCACACUCCGGUGCAAAGCAGCAGUGACGUUCUUCCACUUCUGCGUUUUGUCCAACUUCUCCUGGCUGCUGGUGGAGGGUUUGUACCUGCAGACGCUGCUGCUCUUCACCUUCGCUCAGACCAGGAAGCUCUUCUGGAUCUACGCCCCCAUCGGCUGGGGUACUCCAUCAGUGACCGUUGUGAUCUGGGCUCUGCUGAAACAUCAGCUGGAUGACGAAGGCUGUUGGGACAACCUGGAGAGCCGCUUGUGGUGGAUAAUCAAGAUUCCCAUUCUGCUCUCAAUCUUAAUGAACUUUGUGAUCUUCCUGAACAUCAGUAGGAUCAUCGUUCAGAAGACAAAGGCCACACCUAUGAACCAAAGUGAGACCCAGCUGUACAGGAGACUCGUCCGCUCCACUCUGCUCCUCAUCCCUCUGUUCGGGCUCCACUACGUGGUGUUUGCUCUGUUUCCAGAACACGUUGGCGUGAGGCCUCGACUCUACUUCGAGUUGGUGUUAGGAUCCUUCCAGGGUUUUAUUGUUGCUCUGUUGUACUGCUUUCUAAACGGAGAGGUGCGAAAAGAAAUCCAGAGGACGAUGAGAAGAUGGUGGUCUGAGACAAAAACUAACGCCAUCAAUCUUCCAACCCAAGAAUACGUCCCCUGAACUCUUCUUCAAGACGUGUUUAAUAGUUUAUUAAUCAUCAAUGAUCAAACUAGGAUCACUAUCGAUUAUAAUCGAUCGAAACAACCGACCCUGUUUCUUCCCUUGUUGUUGCAACUUCAUAGAAAUGUGAUAAAAUGUAAAAUAUUCUUACAGUUUAUUCUCCUUCCUGGUCAUUAAAGUCAGUCUUUAGUAUUAAACUUGUAACUGCUGCACAAUUAUUAAUUAUCUUAUUACUUCACCACCACAGCUCAGUAAUUCAAAAUAUUCUCUUUGUACUUAUUUAUAAAACUUUUGGUAAGAUAAGUUCCCGAACACUAGAGGUCGCCAAAGCUUCACAGGGGUGGAAAGGUCUUUUUACUAUAAGGGGUGUAAGAACAUUUAAAAAUAUACACAGUUGGCAGUAGACAGUAGGAUAUCUCAGUGUUUGGUUGAUUUCUGUGAAGAAAACUAAAGUACUUUUUUACAGUUUAUAUAAUU